CGAAUUUUUAAUGGAUUUUGUUGAAAGAAUUAAAUAUUUUUGCAAUUGGAUUACAAGAGAACCUGAGGAGAAUUCCAAAACACCUUCAACUUUCUGGAUCUCAGGCUUUUGUUAUGUACAAGGUUUUCUUACGGCUGUACUACAAAGAUAUUCGAGAGUAUUCGAAAUUUCUAUUUGCGAUUUAACUUACGAUUUUGAGGUAAUAAAUAACAUCGAUCAAUACAACGCAACUGCAAAGGACGCUAUAGUUUAUGGAAUGUUUUUAGUUGGAGCUAGAUGGAAUAAAGAAACUAGCUCGUUGGAAGAACAGGAUUUCAAAAUAAUAAGCUACAAAAUGCCAUUUAUAAGAUUCAUUCCAAUUUCAAAAGAAAAUCUUAUAGAAGAUGAUAAAUACGAGUGUCCUGUUUAUAUAACUUCUACAGAACGAGAAUCACUUUGUUCAACCGGACACUCCAAAAAUUUUAUUUUAAGUUUACUAUUACCAACGAAAGAGUCACCGAAGCAUUGGAUAAAACGAAAUGUUGCUGUUUUAUGUCAGUUGAAUUCAACAGAUUACAAAUUAACGCAAAAUUACUCGGAUUACUGGUGAAAUUAUUUUUGCAAAUAUUUUUGUUGAAUACUAAAUUUGGUAAACUCGACGGCAUGUCUCAUAUAUAGUUUAUCCC